AGAGGUGUGACGGAGGGCGUCACUCUGCUCCUGCUCGCCCUGCAGACAGGUCUGUUAGACAUGCAGGCCAUGCAGCGCACCUUCCUCCUCAGCAUCAUCCUCUUCAUCGUGGUGACUUCAACAUUACAGUCAAUGAUCGAAAUCACAGAUCCAGUCAUUCUGGCUCUGGCUGCAUCCCGCAACAGAAGUCUGUGGAAACACUUCCGCGGCCUCAGCAUGUGUCUGCUGCUUCUGGUUUUCCCCGUGUUCAUGGCGUAUAAAAUCUCCCAGUUCUUCCACAUGGACUUCUGGCUCCUGAUACUAGUGUCCAGCUGCAUGCUGACUUCCCUUCAG